UUCCUCAGAGUCCGACAUGGCGCUUCACGCGCGGCGGCGGCGGCGCCCCUACCGCGGCAGGAAGUGCUUCCCCAGCCACAGAGAACAUCCGGCCUCCGCGGCUAGAGUGCCUCGCUGCUGAACCACGGAGGACGGUGGGAAAGCGCGAACUCGCUGGGAACGCGUGCUCAUCUCUCGCGGCUUUUAUUCCGAGCUUGGACGGAGCGCCCGCGGGGAUGUGGCUUCGCGCCGCGGGGAGCCGCCGCGAAGCUCCAGGGAAAAGCUGCAAGGAGGGAGGAGCCCCGCGAAUGCGGGAGGCGCCGCCGGCCUCCGCGGAGAAACCUUGGGAGUUGCAGGCGAGAAGAUCUGCCCGCCUCUGCCCUGUGCACGUAGCGGGCUACCAGCGAGGGGAGUCCCGGGCUCCACGGCAACUGUGGCGAUUUCUCGUGGAACGCGUGGGGCGACCGGCGCGAAGAGACGGGGCCGAGCGCCCUAGAGACGUGGCGGUGAGGAGUCACGCUCCUCUUGCCCCGCAUGGGGUAGCGGUCGAUUGGAUACCGGAAGUGACCUUCCCUAAAGCUUCGUAUCUCUAUGACACCCGUUAGGGAGAAGGCGGGGCGAGGCAUUACGGGAGCUGCAGCCCGUGAAGGGCAUGGCCAGGCUGCGUCCGCACCAGGACGGUCCGAAUCUCGCGAUGGGCUACGACGUUUCCUGCCCUGGCCCAACUCCGCCUUCUCUUCCUGUGGAGCCUGGCUUGAGCCACCACCCAUAGAGAUAAGAAUUAGAGACGCCACACCUCCGUUAUAUUCCGAGUGCUUACCGACGCGAAAUAUUUCAAAACAGCAACAUUUUUUAGUGGCUGGUUUACAGUGCAUCAUACAGCGAAGCACCUGAAGCCUUCCCAAUCUGGCCUCUUCCUCCAGAUGGUUUGGACUACAUUCCAUCCCAUGUACAGCUCCACAGAGUUCCCACCAGCCUGCGCCCACCCGCUUGCUUGGUUAAUGUGUGCUAUGCUCCAAGACAGCGGGAGGCGGGCACGAAGUGGGGAGGGCCGAUCAAAAAGGAUCCCCAGGGAAGGGGGAGCACCAGGUGCCAGUGCUUAACCGUGCGACCCUAGGCGUGCCUACUUGGAAGUAAGUGCCCUGCAUAGCAUUCAGAGGGGCUCGUGCCCAGGCGUAGGCUGACGGUCCCGCAAAUUCCGAGGGCAACAACGGGCUUUUGCAGCAAGACUUCCAGGCGGCCGCCCCUCUGCUGGGGAAAAGCCGAAUGCGUCACGUUGGCCGGCUGUUGUUUUUAAAUUGCACAAACUAUCUCAAACCUACGCGGCGCUGGACGUAACUAGUCUGCGCACGUGGGUCUUCACGAACGAAGGGAAGGGCUGCAGCAUAGAGACGCGAGAGGCUAGAGCGGCCCCAGCCGAGUCGGGGCCGCUCUGGCCCGCUCCUGCUCUAUGGCGGCGGCGUUGAUGGCGGUGGAAUGGCGGAAGGCGGCGGCGGCGGCGCUGCUCCGCCGGAGGCGGGCGGGCUCCUGCAGCAGAUCCUGAGCCUGCGCCUGGUGCCGCGGUCGGGCAACGUCACCGGAGCCGCCUGCCCCACCGCGCUGUGCCACUUCCCAGAGAUGUGGUAUGGCGUCUUCCUGUGGGCAGUGGUCUCCUCGCUCUUCUUCCACAUCCCUGCUGGAUUGCUGGCUCUCUUCACCCUCCGGCAGCACAAGUACGGCAGGUUCAUGUCGGUGAGCAUCUUGCUGAUGGGCGUCGUGGGGCCGAUCACCGCCGGCAUCCUCACAAGUGCUGCCAUUGCUGGAGUGUACAGAGCUGCUGGGAAGGAGAUGAUCCCCUUCGAAGCCCUGACGUUGGGCGUGGGACAGAGCUUCUGCGUGGUGGUCAUUUCCUUCUUGCGGGUGUUGGCCACCCUUUAGCUUUGCCUCCGAUUUGGAAGCCCACCUGGAGCGUUCCUUGGGCCCCUCCACUGAGGCCCGCUCCAGAGCGCUUCCCUGCCGGCCGAAGCUGAUCUCCAAGUUUCCUCUAGCUGCUGGAAGUGCCCAGAGUGGGCGAAGAAAAAGCCGGCGACUCCCGGGAAAGCUGCCCUUGCACAACCAUAUCCUUCUGGCUCAGUAUUCCCCCAACCCAGCAAUGGGGAUACUGGGAGUUGUAGUCCAAUGCUGUCAGGUACCUGGUUAGAGGAAGGCUGGGCUACCCCAUUCCUGAGUGGUUUCUAGCUGCACACCACGCAAAGUUCCUGGAUGGAAUUUCUUACGGGCAAAGAAUAGGGGAGGGGGAUAAGCAGGAAGGGAAAGGGUUAAGUCCUUCUGCAGCACCGCCGCUUGGCCUAGAAACAUUCACAUCCACCUUGGCUGUUGAACAAGCAUCCAGGCCUUUGGGACUGAAACUGAAGCCAGGCCUGUCUCAAGAUUUUGCAAGUUUUUAGUAACCUUAAGUGCCAAUCUGGGUAUUCCUUUUUUUAGAUUGGUUGAGGGUGGGGUAGUUUGAACUGAGUGGACAAGUGUGAUACAGAGGUUGUUUUACAUUCCCUGAAAUAUCCUGCAUAGAUUUUAUUCUAGGAUGAUUCUGCCGAAGAAAUUUCUCUGUUAAUUUUUAUUUCUGAGAGAGAGAGAGAGAGAGAGAGAGAGAGAGAGAGA